UUGCCGACCAACCAACCAUGUUAACAUUCAAGAGAUUUUCAUCCCAUGCCACAUUAAGUAAGACCCCAUUACACUCCAGUCAUAUCAAAUAUGGGGGGAAAUUGGUGCCAUACGCUGGAUACGAAAUGCCGGUAUUGUAUAAGGGACUUAGUCACAUCGAAUCCCAUAAUUGGGUUAGAAAUAAUUGUGGCUUAUUUGAUGUAAGUCAUAUGUUACAACAUCAAAUUCAAGGUAAGGAAUCGGUUGAUUUAUUGCAGAAAAUCACUCCAAUUGAUUUAUCAAGACUAGCACCCUAUAGUUCGAGUUUAUCAGUAUUGCUUAAUGAAAAUGGAGGGGUUAUCGAUGAUUGUAUUAUAACCAAACAUGCUGAUGAUAAAUAUUAUAUGGUGACUAAUGCCGGGUGUCGUGAAAAAGAUGUUGCAUUUAUAACAAAGGAAUUAUCAAAUUUCAAUAACGUUAAACAUGAAACAUUUGAAGGUACCUUAUUAGCAAUUCAAGGUCCCAAAGCAUAUCAGAUUUUGCAACAAUACACUAAAGCCAAUUUGAAGGCGAUUUUCUUUGGUCAAACUCAAUUCAUUAACUUACUAGAUAUCGAUUCCGAUAUUCAUUUAUCUAGAACUGGGUACACUGGGGAAGAUGGGUUUGAACUUUCAAUUCCUUCCUCCAAUGACAAGGAAACCCAACAAGCCCGAGAAUUCUUUGAAAGAUUAAUCGAAGAGUCCCCAGAUACCGUGCAACCAAUUGGUUUGGCUGCUAGAGACUCCUUGAGAUUAGAAGCUGGAAUGUGUCUCUACGGUAAUGAGUUAACUGAAGAAAUCACCCCGGUCCAAGCCUCUUUAUCCUGGUUGAUCCCUCAAUCCAGAAGAGACGCUUCCACCACAAAAUUCAAUGGUAGUGAUAAGAUCUUAUCCCAAUUGAACGAUAAAAAAUCGGUCCGUACUCGUAGAAUUGGCCUCACUUCAAAAGGUCCUUCUCCAAGAACCGGUAAUGCAAUCUACGAUAAAGACGGUAAGGAACAAAUUGGCUACAUCACCUCCGGUAGUCCAUCCCCAAGCAUUGGGGGAAACGUAGCCCAGGCUUAUAUCGAUAAGAAGGCCAAAAUCGGCUCGGACGUCAAGGUUGAAAUAAGAGGUAAGUUAAGAGACGGCGUGGUGACUAAAUUACCUUUUGUACCAAGCAACUUCUAUAAACCAAACUAGCCUCCCGAUAUAAUAUAUAUAGAUAUAUAUAAUACAAUAAUGAUACGG